GGGAAGCCCGUGCCCUGGGCCUGCGCGCACCUGUGGGACCAUAGUCGCCACCCUGCGGGGAGCCCCCGGACCUCACGGUGAGCGGGCGGGGCCUCAGGGAGGGGAAAGGAGUGGCUCCAGGCGCCUUCGGCUGGGACGGCUGGCGGGAGGCUUCUCUACGAAGCCUGCCCCGGCCCCGCGCUCCCUCGGAUUGCUGUCUGCGCGUGCGGCCCAGAACUCCCAGCGGCUGCCGCGUAGGGCCCGGCACAGAGCUGGCGUCUAAGAAGAUGGUGGCGGGAAUGAACGGAUGAGUGAUGACUGAGUGAUGGAUAGAUGACCAAGAGCUAGGACCCGUGUUCGGAAACGAAGUCCCGGGGUUCAGAGUUCUCGGUUUGGAUACCACCUGCUCCCCCGCCCUUAGUCCUGCUGCUCAGAAACUUUUUUAGGGACCGUCGUACUAGGACCCGGCAGUAGUGUAGAGCGCACUAGGUGGCGAGUCUCGAGUCUCUUGAGUUAUGUAAUUCCUGAGGACACAGAGGCUGUUGCUUCAUUUCUAAAGUUGGACUGUCUAGUAGUCCUUGCCUUUCUUUACAAAGUUCAGUUGAGAGCAUGUCUGGGAUAGCACGUACGGAAACGUGAAUGUUUUGCAACGGAAUUUUACUAUGCGAAACUUGCCAAAUAGUACUCAGAGCUCGGGGACAGGGCUACAGAAUGAAUGACGUUGGAGCCUGCCAAAUGGGAAGAUGCUUCCAGUCUAGCAAUGGAAGAAGAUAGAUAUGUAUGGCUCCCAGUUUUCCAACUCUGAAGUGUUUUCCAGUCAAAACAAAGAGAAGGUUUGUGGAUGUUGAAUAUGCAAGGAGCUGAAGAGAGAGCGCUGGGAAGAGAGGUUUGUCCAGGUUUGAUGGAAAAGUCUGUUCCAGAGGAGGAUGUCUCUGAAAUUGAUUCACCAGGGAGAGUAGCAAAGAGAUUACCAGAGGAUGCAAACCAGGGUUCUGUAUUUGAAAAAAAAUACACAUGUGAAAGCAUGAAGGAAAACCCUUCUGGAGAGGUUCCCAGACCAUGCCUUUUCCAGGAAGGAGGUUUUGAGGAAAUAACUUUUAUCCACAAGGAAGCAUCUCCUGAAACAAUUAGCCAAGAAUAUGAUUUUGAGAGAAGCUUGCUCUUGACCUCCAGCUUUGUUACACAUCUCAGGGUUUCUACAGAAGAGAGCCUACAUCAGUGGGAGACAAGUAGUAUACACACUGAUGAGAUUUCAGACCAAAGUAAAUGCCCAGCUCUCUCUACUCAGAAAAAGUCUUGGGAAUGUAAUGAAUGUGGAAAAACUUUUACUCAGAGCUCAUCCCUUACCCAGCAUCAGAGGACUCAUACUGGAGAGAGACCCUAUGCAUGUGAGGAAUGUGGGAAAGCCUUUAGUCGCAGUUCCUUCCUCGUUCAGCAUCAAAGAAUUCACACCGGAGUAAAACCAUAUGGAUGUGAGCAGUGUGGGAAAACAUUUCGAUGUCGAUCAUUUCUUACUCAGCAUCAGAGAAUCCAUACUGGAGAGAAACCUUAUAAAUGUAGUGAAUGUGGGAAUUCCUUCCGCAAUCAUUCGCAUCUCACUGAACAUCAGAGAAUUCACACUGGAGAGAAACCGUACAAAUGUAAUAGAUGUGGGAAGGCAUUCAAUCAGAACACACACCUCAUUCAUCAUCAGAGGAUUCACACUGGUGAGAAACCUUAUUUAUGCAAUGAAUGUGGCUCUUCUUUUCGCAAACAUUCAAAUCUCACACAACAUCAGAGAAUUCACACUGGGGAUAAACCCCAUAAAUGUGAUGAGUGUGGGAAAACUUUCCAAACAAAGGCAAACCUCUCUCAGCAUCAGAGAAUUCAUACUGGAGAGAAACCCUAUAAAUGUAAGGAGUGUGGCAAAGCCUUUUGUCAGAGCCCAUCCCUUAUUAAACACCAGAGAAUUCAUACUGGAGAAAAACCCUAUAAAUGUAAGGAAUGUGGCAAAGCUUUUACUCAGAGUACCCCACUCACUAAGCAUCAGAGAAUUCAUACAGGGGAGAGACCCUACAAAUGCAGUGAAUGUGGUAAAGCCUUCAUUCAGAGCAUUUGCCUCAUUCGGCAUCAGAGAAGUCACACUGGAGAAAAACCCUAUAAAUGCAAUGAAUGUGGGAAGGGCUUUAAUCAGAAUACCUGCCUCACUCAGCAUAUGAGAAUUCAUACUGGAGAGAAACCCUAUAAAUGUAAAGAAUGUGGGAAGGCCUUUGCCCAUAGCUCAUCUCUUACUGAACAUCACAGAACUCACACUGGUGAGAAGCUCUAUAAAUGUAGUGAAUGUGAGAAAACUUUCCGCAAGUAUGCACACCUUAGUGAGCAUUACAGGAUUCAUACUGGUGAGAAGCCUUACGAAUGCAUUGAAUGUGGAAAAUUCUUCAGACAUAGUUCAGUCCUUUUCAGACACCAGAAACUUCACAAUGGUGAUAACCCUGGCAUUCAGGUUGUGAUAGCUUCUCUAGAAAGAGUGGCUGGGAAUCUGUCUGGGGGCAGUGGGGCAGGCAGAGUUCCUGGAGGGAAGGAUGAAGGAACACCGAACUGUUACACUCGGAAGAGUAUUUCCACUUAUGGAGGCAGGAGCUUGGAGAAUGUAGAGCCUACUCCAGCUGGGCAUCUGGGAAUAUAGGGUAGAAAGGAAUUUCUUGCUUUUCAGAUAAAUCCUGGCUACCUACCACUCCUCCUUCCCCUUGUGACUCUCAUGACUUUAGGGGCCAUUUGCUAAGUUAGCACCUGUGUUUCCCUUACUGCAUUCCUGCCCCACCUUCCCAACUUGUGACCUGUGUUCUCUGGCCAGUAGGCUGAGGUGCUUUUCCAAAUAUUCAGAGUGCAUGUGGAAGCAUUCUGAGGUAGUGCUAAGUAGCCUUCUGAUAUCUGAGAACAUGCCAUCUGUUAGAAGCGGUCUCAUGAAGGGGCAUUGGAAACAAGGGAAAACGAAGAAUCCUUACUCAUUCAUUCAACAAAUAAGGGGAUAUGUGGCAAGAACUGGGCUGAUGUCUACAGAUAGUUCGUGAAGAAGGCUUUUAUCAGGGUAAGAGAUCUUUCCUGAUCCUUUCAAGCUGGAAGGCAAUUUGGGGCCAAAAAGGAAGUAGGAGGUCAAGAGAAACUUAACAUUAAAUGGUGCCAGUUUGUGGGAAGAGAGUCAGAUCUGCUCAGAGGGUCAGGAAGAGGAAGGGCCAACCUUUGUCCCAGAGGAACACUCACCCAUGAGGAAAAUGGUUUGUGCUAGACUGCUGGUGCCGAGGCUUAGAGCAGGAAGUCUAUGAGCAGGUGACCUACAUAUCCCAGCCCUGGACUAAGGUGUACACCUGUCUCAUAAGUUUGCCUGGGCCACUGGUUUGUAGGGUCCAGGGGAGAGAGACCCACCAGGGUUAAUUAUGUCCAAACAACUGUUAAUUGAUGUUUAGGGAGGAGAAACCAUUAGUGAAGAGAGCAGUCGGCUUUUUAGGUUGGCCGGAGUUGGGGCAGCAGGACUAGUCCCUAAGAGAGUGUUGGUCAUUGUAACAGGGAGGGCUACGUUUCAUGUAAUUAUGCCAUUGGAGGCUUUAAACAAAUUUGUUAGAUUUCAGAUACUCCUGUUUUUAUUGGAACUAUCUUAUUCUUGGAUAUUUACCCUUCCCUGCAGGUUAGGAGUAUCUAGGGAAAGACUUUCAUGGAAUACAUUUGGAAAGUAUUCUACCUCUUUUUCAAGUCCCUGAGUAUUGAGAUAGUACAGUUUGCCACUAUGAUGGUGUUUUAUUCUUUUAAGAAAAAGGGCAUGGUUUCCCCCUUUAUUUCCUUAUUCGCUUUCAUGUUCUUUACUGCUACCCAAAGUUUGAGCUCUGAGAGAUUAGGUGAGGAUCACCUUUCACGGCUAUUUGGAAUAGUUUCUAUGCCCUGAAGCUUAUAUCGUUUUUAAAAUAAUGACUGUUAAAAAAACAAAGUCAGUUGAUUCUGGAAUGGUUGGUUAUUUAGAACUCAGCAUUAAUUUUUUUCCAGAACAGCUAUCUUGUAAGCAGUGGUAUUAAUUACCAUUAAGCUAUUAAUGAGCUAUUAAUUACCAUUAAUAGGAACAUGGCAGAAACAGCACUCUCUCCCUCUGCAGCUGUGAAGAUUCUAUUCCCAAAACCUGCCACAGGGCAGUUCAUAACUGAGUAAAUUAAUACCCUAUGGACAAAAAUAACCCUGUUAGAAUUUUUUGUUUGUGAAAAAAUUAUAGUACUUAAAGGAGAUACUGAUGUAUUUGUACUUUCUUUUUUUUUUUUUUUUUUUAAGAUUUUAUUUAUUUAUUUGAGAGAGAGAGCUGAGAAGGGAGAGGGUCAGAGGGAGAAGCAGACUCCCUGCCAAGCAGGGAGCCCGAUGCGGGACUCAAUCCUGGGACUCCAGGAUCAUGACCUGAGCCGAAGGCAGUCGCUUAACCAACUGAGCUACCCAGGUGCCCGUAUUUGUACUUUCUAAAUGAAAAUGACACUAGAAAAUCCAUUGCUGGCCCAUAGGAAAUAUUCAAUAAAUAUUUGUUGAAUUAAUAUAUUUUAAUCAACCUGUACCCACCAGAAACUUUAGCAACUUCCUGAUAUGUAGGUAUUUAGUGUAAUAUUUAUACAGUACUGUCUUUAGAGUUCUUGAGUUGAGAUUAGAGAGAGUUGGGAGCGUUUUCUUAAGGAAGAAAUGGGACCUCUAAGGAUGAAUGAUAUCUCCAAGGUCUUGUUUGGAGAUUUUAUAAAAAUCCAAAAAUGUCUUAAUACUCAGGAUAAGAGUCUGAUACCAUUUUCACUUCCUGGGAAAACAGGAAGGAAGAGAAUUUGUCAUCUUGCUUCUGUCCUCAUCCUGUAGUCUCAUACUGUCAAAUAUUUGUUCUCAGUUUUCUCUCAAUUACUGGACAGCCAAGUGCCCAGUCACUCCAGCGCCAAAUCUUGGAAUUGUUCUCGGUCAGUCUUUUACUCAGUCCUCAUAUCCAAGCAACCACUGUAUCCUGCUUAUAUCUCCCAAGUCUGGAAGCCAUCUCCACCGCUAUUGCUUUAGUCCACAUCCUAGUUUAUUUCCUAGACCAUUUUCCUACUUUCCCAGUCAGUCUUCCAGUUGCCUGCCCCAUGAGGCCAUCUUCCACAUUUCUUCUGGAUGGUCUUUGCAAAGCACAACUGGAAGCUCUGUUAUCUCAGAAUACCUGAGCCCCUUAGAAGGCAUCUAAAGCUCCUCCACACGCACAAACAAUAAAAAUAAAUAAAUAGAUCUCUUCCAGGGGUCCAUGCCUACAUCACCCCUCUCAGCUGCCUUCCCUGCAUUGCACACUUCCGUAGUGUAAAUUCCUGUGACUGUAUCAUUGCUGGCCUCAACUUUGGUGCCUUUUGCACAGCCUCUUCCUGUGCCCUCGAUCGCCUGCCUGCCUUCUGCUUGCCUGGAAAGCCUCCAGGAGUCACUUAGGAAUAUGUUCAUGCAACACCUGCUUUGAAGCUGUCUCUGACCUCACAUGUUUUUUAUUUCGGUAUUUUGACACCUUCAUUUUAUUUAUGUUCCAUUGUAGUGGCUAGUUUCCAAAUCUUUCUCUUCCCACUGAACUGUCAGCUCUGUCAAAGCAGGGGCCCUGUGAUACUUAUUCAUCUUUGUAUCCACAGUCCCUGGCACUUCAAAUUUGCUCAGUAAAUAUUUGUUGAGCUCAACUAAAAUACCCAAGUCAGACACUUCUCCACGCCUGCCUACAGGUUUUGACUUUAGGUCCACAGCUGCCAGCAGAAGGGAGGUAUGGAGAGGAUAUGAGUGUGUACAUGAAGUGUUUGCCAGGUGCAAGCAUUCCGAAUCUUUCCUCAAGAUACAGAUUGUGUGGUUAUAUUAAGCAGAGGGUCCCUUAAGAAAAAGUAAUAUUUUGUACAAAACAAAACCCUUGUGUUAAAAAUGAGCUAUUUAAAUGUCGCAUCACAGUUUAACAAAGUACUUUCAGAUAUGUUGAUGUCAGCAUCACCAGGAGGAGGCAAAUGCUUGCAUCUGUAGAAGCAGAACCAUGUCAGCUGGAAUAUCUCUGAAAUAAGGAGUAGGAGCUGAAUACUGAUGCUGGUGUAGCAGGAGAGCUUUUGAGUUUAGCAGUCCCAGUGUGGAAGCACUACCUGAGCUCACAGCUUUCUUUGGCUCCAGAUGAUAAAGAACUGGAAUGUGGUGCUCAUUCUCAGUGUGCUGAAACUUAACUUGUGAUUUCACAAGGACAUGGGAUGAGGCCACAUCAGAUCCUCAGAACAACAGUAGAGAAAACAGGUGGUUGUACUUGCCCAAGGUCACAUAGCUAGUAAGUGACAUGUGAAAUUUUAAACUCCCAUGUCCUUUCUCACUUUUCCUUCAGAUUUCUCUUUAUUGGUCAUACCUCUGCUCCGUGAUUCCUCUUUAGUUGUGUUUAUUAUAGAUUUGACUGCAAAGGACUCCAAUCUUGCCCUGCUUGUGAGGAUGGGAGGAGCUCAUUUUAAGAUUUUAUUUUUAAGUAAUUUCUACACUCAACAUGGGGCUUGAACUCAAAACCCUUAAAUCAAGAGUCCUGUGCUCUACCAGCUGAGCCAGGCAGGCAACCCUGGGAGCUUAUUUUAAAUCAAAAAGCGCUUUUGCCCUCAGACUUUCCAGCGUGUGAGUGUGAGAAAUAAAUUGGUUUCACAUUUUCAUUUCACCUUUCUGCCUACUUAAUGCAGAAGUCUAGCUUUGACUCCAGGUGGCUUCAGUUUCACUCACCUUUAGCUACUGGCCACUGCAGGGCUAAGGUCACUUUAGUUUUGUGGAAUGUUUUUUUUUUAAUAUUUUAUUUAUUUAUUUGA